UACCCGAUCCGUCCCGGAAACACGAUUUGUUCCGCGCAUGCGCGAAACUGACGUCACUUCCUGUUAUCGGCGACGUUUUACGACAGUCUUCUCGACCUGGGACCAGCUCGGAAUCUGGCAGGGGUGCAUUUCUCGGCAUUACACCUGUUCCGGGCGUCUUCGAAUUUUAUCAUCAAAGACACAUUGCAAGCUUCAUUGACCCAGGAUCCUGGACUGAAAAAACAGGAAGAGACCUUGAGUUUUUUCCUCAACAGUCCAGUGGGGAUUCUUGUGGUGUCUACAUGCUGAUGUAUGCUCUCAGCAUCUGCACAUCAUGUCCCUUAACAUUCACAGAGGAGGAGGUGCCAUUGAUUCGCCAGUGGUGGUGCAUUAACCUCAUGGAAAGAUUUUGCCUAGAAGGGCAUGGACAGAGGUUUGCAUACUGGACCGAAGAAGCAUCCCAACUCCUUCAGGGGAUCGUUGAGCCUGUGUUUAGGGUGUCGAAAUUCACCACCACCAAACUGUCACCCAGCAGAAGAGUUGUGGAUGACAAGGACAUUGAUAAGGUGCAGCAGCCAACCAUUGUCCGAGACCUAAAUACAGCGUGGUACUGGGUACAGAAUCACAGACACUUAUUCCGUGGGGAGGUGACAGAGCCUGCCUUUUUGCAGAUGAACAGGGGUGAUCAACAAAAUGCCAUCAAGAACCUCUUGGGGGGUCAAUUCUCUGAGGCGAAGGAUGCCUUUUUGUUUAUAUUUCAUUACCAAGAAGACAUGGAAACAUUUUUGUCGUACUGUGUUGAUGACCAAGGCCUAAAGGUCAAUGCUAUGUUCUACAAAGAGAAAUGUAGUGUGUGAGUGUGUGUGCGCGUGUGUGAGUGAGUGAGUGUGCGUGAGAGAGAGUGUGCAUGUGUGUGCGUGUGCGAGAGUGUGCGUGAGCGAGCGUGUGUGAGGAAUGGAACAAAUGUAUAAAUAAAUUGAAA